AUGGCUCUAUUGAAAUGCAACUUUCCACAUCAUGUUUUUCUUCUACAGUUACGCAAAAAGAUGGUUUUGACGACACGUAUAGGCACAGCUUGUGCUGUGACCCGUCACAGUGUCGGACCGAUGGCAGUCGGUUUCCGAGGGAUGAGUCCCCGUAUCUCGUCAUCUCUCACAAGACGUUUCUCAACCUUUGCCAGAUCUGGCCCCAAGCCUAGAUCUUUCAAAAGGAUGUUCACAGUAGGUGUAGCACUUGGCUUAGGAGGCUCGGCAUUAUACUACACUAACGACAAUGUCCGUCACGUGGUUCUUACGGCAGAAAGGGUCACGGUGGUGACAGUUGCUGUCUUCAGGUGUUUCAACAUGUACUUACAAACGCUUGGGAAGGACUACGAGUCCCGUGAAGAGCGCUCCAAGGCGUUAAAGAAGACCCACAAGCGAGCAGCUGAUAUCACCUUGAGAGCCUUAGAGACGAAUGGAGGUAUCUACAUCAAGUUGGGUCAGCAUAUCACUGCCCUUACCUAUUUAUUGCCUAGAGAAUGGACAGAUACAAUGAUACCCUUACAAGAUCAGUGUCCUCGUUCGUCCAUGGAGGAGAUCGAGAAAAUGUUUGUCAACGAUUUGGGUACCUCAGUGAAUGAUAUGUUUUCAGAGUUUGAUCCAGAACCGGUCGGUGUAGCCUCUUUGGCACAAGUCCAUAUAGCAACGCUCAGAGAGUCGGGCGAAAAAGUGGCUGUCAAGAUCCAGCACCCUUCCUUGCAAGAAUUUGUUCCUCUUGAUGUUUUCUUGACGAAGACCGUGUUUGAGUUGAUGUACAAGUUUUUCCCAGAAUACCCCCUCACCUGGCUUGGUGAAGAAAUGCAGAGCUCUAUCUUUAUCGAAUUGGACUUUACAAAAGAAGCAGAAAAUGCUCAAAAGACGGCUGCUUACUUCAAGGACCUCAAGAGAGAGACUGCUUUGAAAGUUCCUAAGAUUGUCGAAGCUCAGCAAAGAAUAUUGAUUAUGGAAUAUGUAGGAGGUGCCAGAUUAGACAACCUCGAUUAUUUACGAGAACACAACAUUUCUGCCGCCGAUGUUUCGUCGUGUUUGUCACACAUAUUCAACGACAUGAUCUUCACGCCAGGCGUAGGAUUACACUGUGAUCCUCAUGGAGGUAACUUGGCUAUUAGAGCUCUAGAAAACUCGGAAUACAAGAACGGCCAUAACUUUGAAAUCAUCUUAUAUGACCAUGGUUUGUACAGAGAUAUACCGGUUCAGAUGAAACGUGAUUACUCUCACUUCUGGUUGGCUGUUCUUGAUAGUGAUGUGCCCAAAAUGAGAGAGUACGCUGAGAAGUUUGCUGGAAUACAAGGCGAUCAAAAGUUCAGAAUCUUUGUCUCUGCCAUCACCGGAAGAGCUCCAGAAAAUGCAUUGAACGACAUCAAGAAACUGAGAUCCGAAGAAGAAAUUAGGAUCAUCCAAAACGAGUUGAACUACCUGGAAGGUGUUCUUGAAGACUUGAUGGAUAUCUUAAGUUCUAUGCCGAGAAUGGUGUUGUUGAUUCUCAAGACAAAUGACUUAACAAGGAGCUUGGAUGAGAAUUUGAACAACCCCUUGGGACCUGAGAGAACCUUUUUGAUUUUGGCAAAUUACUGCGCUCGUGUAGUUUACGACGAAGAAAACGAGAAAAUAGCCAAGGAGUACAAAUCGUAUUCGGUAAAAAAAUUUGUUCAUUACUUGACCAACUGGUGGUCCUACCACAAAAGAACUAGCCAAUUGUUCCUUUAUGACUUUAUCGUCAUGCUACGCAACGCUAGAAGGAGACUCUCCUUGUAA